AGAGAGAACAUCAUAAAAGGGCAGCAGAGGAGGCAAAGGAUGUGUAGUUUUCUUUCCUGUGUUCAAGGAGGCUGUCCCUAAAUUGUUGAGUACAUAACAGGCUCCCUGUGUGCGACCCUCUCAGCAUUCAAGACCAGAGUGAGAGGGGAUCCAACUAUUCUGCCUUUCAGUUCAACAGAGGUCAUCUUACUACUUCAACUCUACCGUCUCAUCUGCAACUCUCCUCCCACCCCCUUAACGGGAACUUAACGGGACCAGAAGAGGCUGCUGAGAAUUCAUCGAGCAGUGAAGCUGGUCAGAGGCAGCCAGACUUGUUAUGGCCAUGUCCCGGGAGUGGAGUGCGUGUCUGGGGCUCUGGGUGCUUCUUCUGCUUGGUGCAGGAUUAGAAGAAGCAGUAGAGGGAUGUAGCUGCCACCCAGCACACCCACAGCAGUUAUUCUGCAGCGCCGAAAUAGUGAUCAGGGCAAAGAUCUCUGGAGAGAAGAUUGUGUCACCUAGCAACAGCUCCUCACCUUACAUGAAGAUGAUCCAGUAUGAAAUCAAAAUGAUCAAGAUGUUCAAAGGUUUCGACAAGGCCAAGGACAUCCAGUAUGUGUACACUCCAGUCUUCUCCUCACUGUGUGGAGUCAAACUGGACUCCAACAAUAAAGCAGGGUAUCUUCUUUCAGGGAGCAUGUGGAGCGAUGGGAGGAUUUCUAUUGGCCAAUGUGACUUGGUCGAAUCGUGGGACAACUUAUCACUGUCGCAGAAAAAGAAUCUCAACUACAGAUACCAGAUGGGCUGCGAAUGCAGGAUCAACACGUGUUACACAGUGCCGUGUGCAUCCACAGGAGACAACGAGUGCUUGUGGACUGACUGGCUGUUGGAUAACAGCCUUAACGGGGAGCAGGCUCGGCAGUACGCCUGCAUCCGACGCUCUGACACGACCUGUAGCUGGUACCGGGGUGGACCUCCACCUGAGAAAGACUUCCUGGACAUAACUGAUCCCUGACCUACACAUUUGACCCCAGCAACGGCUUCCCUGUAACUCAGAUGUAAUGUCUUCAAUUAAACAAAAUUGGCUGAUUUAUUUUACAUUCAAAGGGAGUUUAAAUCACCACUGAGCCUCUUUUAGCAGAGGCCAGGUGGAUUCUACAACAAGGCUAGGACACGUUUUCAGCAGUCCUCUGAGUCACUUCCUCGCUCUUACACACAGUUCAUUUCCCUUGCUGUUUGCCACAGAAAAACAAUAAGACCAUCCACUGCUGAUUAAUAAAUAAAUGUCUCGUCUCCGAGGGUCUGUCAGUAAAAAUUGAGAACCUAAUUUUUUCUUUGCAUGGCUUACAAAACGUUAUGUAGCACUUUAGGCUCUACCUUCACUGAAAGAAUGUAAGGAAGUUGGACAAUUACUGUAUAAAAACCCCAUACAUUACAUCUUUACAAAUCGUAUCUGCAUAGAUUAUGCAGGGAGACUGCAGCACUGGCAUUUUUAUCAUCAAAUAACUGUUCAAUGCAAAUGAAACUGCUCUGUACAUGUACAUAGACAGGGCAACAAUGUAAAUUCCCCUGACCAUAAUGCUUGUCCUAAAAAAAAAAUCACAGUAGUUUGAGUUCUUGAAUAUCUGAAACUGUAAAUAUUGUACUUUAGUGAGAUUAAACAUUUAAAAAGCAAAGUAGAUUUUGUCUUAUGGUAUAUAAUUUUUUUUAUCUAGUGAUGUUUAGUUCCCUUCAUGUGCAAAAAAGAAAAUCUAAUCCAGACCUUUAACAACAACAACAACAACAACAGCACUGCCAUCUGUACGUAGAAGUCCCUUUAAAAACAAAUGAUGUAACAGGACAAGGUUCAAUUCACUCUUUUUGCUUCCUAAGAACAACAGGAAGUGGUUUAAGUCCCACAGCAGAUAGUAGAAACAUUGGCACCAGACUAUAACAAACAAAGAGAGAUAACUCUUCAUAAAUGACCUGUAAUUAAUGACUGACAGGGAUGCAAACGACUAGGGGGGCAUAA